ACUCUCUACCACUCACUGUCCGAUUCUCCUACACUCUCUUACAAGUCAUGAAUGUGGAUGAGAAAAACCAGAUCCUCACCACUAAUGCCUGGCUUCAGAUGCAAUGGUUUGACCACUACCUUCAGUGGAACCAGUCAGAGUACCCUGGAGUGAAAACCCUUCGCUUCACUACUGACCAGGUCUGGAUACCUGAUAUACUACUGUACAACAGUGCUCAUGAUAAAUUUGAUGCCACCUUUAAGAGCUAUGUGCUGGUCAACUCCAGUGGAUUCUGUGAGUACCUACCUCCAGGUAUUUUUAGCAGUGCGUGUGAAGUGGACGUGCGUUGGUUUCCCUUUGACGUCCAGCACUGUGAGCUGAAGUUUGGCUCGUGGACGUUUGACGGCUGGCUGCUGGACCUCCAGAUGCAGGAGGCUGACCUGUCAGGAUACAUGUCCAAUGGAGAGUGGGACCUGCUGGGUGUACCAGGUGAUCGUCAUGAGAUAUUUUAUGAGUGCUGUACAGAGCCCUACUCUGACGUGACCUUUGUUGUGACCCUACGACGGAGAACUCUGUUCUACGCUCUCAACCUCCUCGUCCCCUGUGUUCUCAUCUCCUCCUUGACACUGUUGGUGUUUCUAAUGCCAGCCCAAUCGGGGGAGAAGAUCGGUCUGGGCAUUACAAUUCUUCUCUCUCAGACUUUCUUCAUGUUACUGGUGGCUGAGAUUAUGCCAGCUACCUCAGACUGCAUACCACUGAUAGGUCAGUAUUUUGUGAGUACCAUGGUUACCGUAGGGAUGUCAGUGGUGGCGACUGUAGUUGUACUUCAGUACCAUCACCACGACCCCAACAGUGGAGACAUGCCUCAAUGGGUUGAGUUGGUUCUACUCCAGUGGGUUCCCUGGUUUCUGAGGAUGAAGUGUCCAGAAGAGUGGGGUGAGCUCACACCCCAACACAGCCCCUCCAGCCCCCAGACCAAGACCUGCUCCUCUGCCCCCACCACCACCACCCCAGCCCCCUUAACCUUCCCCCAGAGCCUCACCUCUCUGCAGGCCAGUCUAAGACAGCCCAGCCAACCCCUACCACACCCACCUUCCAACCCUACCCUCCAGUCCUAUCCCAACCAUAACCCAAACCUCCAGCCUAAUAUCCACCUUAACCCAAAUCGAUAUCCCCAGCCCCUUCUUAACCUACACCCCAACCUACACCCCAAUCUCCCCUCCAUCCCCCACGCUCAGCCCAAUGGACAUCUGCCAUACAUGGGCUUCCAGAGUCCUCCUGAACCUGACCCUGCUGUCACCUGGAGAGGAGGAAGAGGAGGAGGAGGAGAAGAAAGAAGGGGUUCUGACACCCGCAUCCUCCACCACCACCCACCCUCCUCCAUAAUGUGGGUAGCCCCCUGCCACAACCCCCCACAUCUCCAGACCCUGACCCCUCAUCCUCAGGUUCCAGCUGUGUGGAGUAUAGGGCUGGGGCAAGUGGAGUGGGUACUUGCCAUGCCCAGGUCAGGGUGUUCCAGGCUGGGGAAGCAGAGACCCAGCUCCAGGCCCUGCUGACGGAGGUGCGGUUCCUGGCCGAGGGUCUCCGUGAGCAGGACCGCAGGUUUUGCCGCCCUGACUCUGUCUCCUGUUCCACAUCUCACCACCCUGCUACCUUGUUCUGGACUCACCACACCACCUCUCCCUUGGAUUCCCAUCCAGACCUGUUUCCUCUGUCCCAACCCAGCUCACUCCAACCCCAGCCUCCACUUCUGGUUUCCUACAACUCAUCUGAGCUUCCCUGGAUCUGCACUUCAUUUCUCUCUGUGUACAAUAAAUAUAUUGGUUCAUUCA